AUGGCACUGCGGGCGGCCGCCAAGAAAGGACACGGAGACUGCAUCGUUGCGCUGUUGGACGCUGGAGUCGACGUCAAUGCGCGAGACAUUAAAACGAAGCACACGGCCCUCUAUCUUGCAGCUACGAAUGGUCACGCCGAAUGCAUGAAGGAAUUGCUCGAGAGGAAGGCGACAAAGGAACAAUUAACGGGGAAAAUACUGGUGAACGCGGCGCGAGAGGGACGUCUUGAUGUGCUGAAGGUUCUGCUUGGAGCUCUCGUGGAGGCGAAGGCAUCGUUUAAGAAAGCGCUGCGCGCGGCCGCAGAGGAAGGACACAAAGACUGCAUCGUUGCACUCUUGGACGGAGAAGUCGACAUCAACGCGAAAAACAACCAACACUGGACGGCGCUGCAUUACGCAGCUGCGAAUGGGCACGAUGAAUGCGUAAAGGAAUUGUUGAAGAAAGGAGCGAAGAAGGAACUAAAGAAUAAGAAAGGGCGCACAGCACUUGACCUUGCUAAAGUAAAUAAUAGAUCAGCAUGUAUUGAAAUUCUUCAAGACUAA